GUGGUGUAUUGAAAUUUUAUGGGAUUCAAGUACUACCAAGCGAAUAACGGCAUAUUUUAAAACUUUCCUAAUAUCUUUUCAAUCUAAUUUCAACUAAACAUUAACGUACUUUCAUUUUACAUUGCUAAUCAUACUUCAAUAGAUAAAUGAAUCGGAUAUAUUAAAAUUUUUGAAUAAUUUCUUAAAAAAACUAAGUAUAAACAACUUUUUUAUCGCACUUAUGUUUAUUAUCAUUCCUAUUUAUUCUUAUUUACUCUUAUUAAUUACUAUUUAUAAGUCUCGCAUGGAUGUCUCAGCACAAUAUUUUUUACUGAAUCGAUGAACAGCCUUAAAACAUGCAGUUCAUACUUCAGCGGAGAAAACGCAACGUAUAAAAUGGCCAUAUAGUUCUAACUUUAAAAGUAAACCACAGUAUAAUUUAAAAGUAAACCAUAGUAUUUAAAACAUUUAUCAGAAAAGACUACAUUUUAAAUAUUAUUUUAAUUCAAACUUUAUUUACAAAUAAUAUAAAUUCGAAAUAUUACUAAUGUGCCAUCUAUAAUUACACUUCAUCAACACAAAUCUGAUGGUAAUAACUAUGAUAAAUGGAAUUUGAUAGCAAUGCCACAGUUGAUAUUUGAAAUUACUAAAUAAUACAUCAUAGAUAUUAGUUCUUAUGUUGAUAUAUUUUAUGUCUAACGUUUAUGCGUCUGUGCGAACUUUCGUAAUCAAAUAGUAAAGUAAUUGCGCGGGUUCUUACAAGAAUGGAUGAAGAUACGGAGGAUUCUAAGUUAAGUUCUAAGUUUUUAAAUAACUUGAAAGAAAAAGGAAAAUUAUUUGAUGGAUUUGAUGAUGGUAUCAAGAUAUUACAACGUAAAGCUACGACAAAAGGAUUAUCGAAUGAGGAUAUUGAUCGAUUGAUAGAUAUUAUUACACAUAUUAAUUUUGGUGCUGUAAAAAACAUUUUGCUAAUAAAAUGUCUAGUACCAAUAUAUAAAAUAUCAAAUGAAGCACUUAAGCUUAUGAUAACAUGGUGUUUGUCAUCCUUGGAUGACCUAAAAAUCACAGUGGCAAUUAUAAUUAUGCAAUGGAUCGUUGGAUUGUGGGAAUAUGGUCUCGCCGAUAGGAAAAUCAUUAGUAUGUACUAUGAUGUAUUUUUCCAUUGGAUGCUGAGAAAAGAAAGAUUGGAGAAGCAUAUAGCACAAGUGAUAUAUAUAUUAACAAAACCAGAAGAUGUAACACGUCGAAAUAUUUCUAGAAUAUUAUUUCUUCAUAAGAAGCAUUCCAAUCGACAGAAGCAUACUAUUGCCCUACUUUCCUUAUUUAAAACUUAUAAGCCUGAAUUAGUGCCAGAAAGAAUUGAAACUAUGAAUAUAGAAAGUGUUUGGAAACCCAUACCAGAAGUAUUACGAGUAGCAUUAAAAGAUGCUAAAGAUCGUUCGGAAAUGCAACAGAGCCUUAAUAAAAUACAAGAACAUUUUAAUUGGAAUAUCUCAAAAUUUUCUAAAAGAAGGGAAAAAUUACUCUUACCAUCCGUUGGAUAUUUUCAUAUUGGUUCGAGUAUCUUUAAAGAAAAAGAUGCCAAAUCUAUUUUUGAUGUAUAUAACAUUAAUGAAUUAGGACAGCAUUAUUCGAGUAUUGAACUACCUUGUAAUGCAAUAUCUUUGUUAGUUAAUAUGGCUGGUUACCAUCUUCUCACAUAUGCUAAUUUUCAUUUUCAAAGUAGAUUUUCUUACAACCUUUAUAAUACACUUAGAAGAGCAUUUAUAUUAGAAAGAGGUAAAUUUUCUGAAACAGAAAUGGAAAAACUACUCGAUAUGACCGUCGAAUUUUGUAAAUAUAUGCAACAAGGUAUACUUGUUGUAAAUCUUUUCAUUGAUGAGUAUUUGUAUCUAAACAGCAGAGAACAUGAUAUUAAAAUAUUAGAAUUAUUACAAUGGAUGACCUUCGUAUCUGUAACAGAAGUACAGCAAACGAUAUUACCACAUAUAAAAAAUAUGUUUUAUGAAUCAUCAAUUGUCCUCAAAUGCAAAAUUAUAGAAACUUGUAGAAUUCUUAUCACCAAUAUAUUCGUUAAUCAAGGAUUUGAUGAAUGUUGUCAAAAAGUACCAGCACCAUUUUUAGGACAAGCACCAAAGGAUAAAAUAACUGACGUUAUUUCUAUUCUUAUAAAGAUCUCAAAAGAUCUUAUUAUAACUGGUUUAAAUGCUCAUUCAUACAAUAUAUUACUUCUAUCUGAAAGUCUGACAUUUUAUGAAAUGCUUUUUGAAUUGGAAUCUCAUAGUAAUAUAUCAUCAUGGACUAUAGCUCCUGCUCCUGUAAUUUAUGCAGCAUUUGCAACUAAAAAUUGUGCGCUUGUUAAUAGAAUUUGUGCACUGAUAUUAAGAUAUUUGGAAAUGGCUGCAGUUCUAAAAAAACAAGAUAUAAACGAUUUUAACAAUAACAUUGAGACAAUAUCUAUUUAUAUUACAGAUAUAGCAGGAGCUUUUUGGUAUAAUAAGGCUUUUAGCAAUCAAAAUGAUUAUUUUUUUAAAUCGCCUGCUUUAGAAGAAUUUGGGAAUUGUAAUUUUAAUCUUCAGUUAAAUAUUAAUAAUCAUUAUGCCACCCUGCCUUAUAAACAUGUAAUUACCAAGGAGUUUCUUAAAGGUGUCAAAAUAACAACUAAGGAGGAUGCUAUCAAUGUUGCUGAACAGUACUAUCCUGCAGUCAGAGAAUUUUUAAAACAAGUAAUACCAGAAUUACAAGAAUAAGAACAAAUGAUUGAAUAUUAUUUAAGAAAAAUUUGUAUCUAAAUUUGAAACAUGUAAUUACAAAAAAUUA